AUUAUGUAUAAAGAAAGAAUAUGUCAAAUCUGGCAUCGAUGAUUAGUUCAUUUGCGACAGAUGCGCACACUUUUCGAAAAGUUGUUAAAAUCGAUACGUGCGCUGCGGCUCAAGAUUGGUCAAAGUUGGAAAGUUUCGUGAUGCAGUGAUUCGAAGAGACGGUAGUGAGCUUUAUUUCUCAUCUUACAAAGGAAAUGGACAAGGACAAGAAUGUAGAAGUUGCAUCUCCGCCGGAUAGACGAGUUACAAGAGACGAUAUUGGAGUAGCCCCGGCUGGUGUUGCGGUGAACAACGCAGCUGUUACUAGCUGCAGCAGUGUAAGCGGUGCGACAUCUUCAAAAUCGCGCAAUUCUUCCUCUUCUCCCGGUCGAAAUGGCCAACUCUCCAAACAGGGCACCUUGACGAUAGUACGUCGAAGUUCCAACAAAAGCAAAAGCGGUGGGAAUUUCGAAAAUUCACCACCGCAUAAUCCUGAUACUUCGUAUCUAUCGAGCCAAUCCGUCGAUCUUGAAGAGAUUCUCGAUAACAUCGAUCUCACGACGGAUUCGCUUCCUGCCGUCGACACACCUGAUGCAUGCGAUAAAGCUGCCCUUAGAUUGAGGUGUUUAUUGAGGCAAUUACAACAUGGGGAGAUAUCAGCCGAAUUACUUCAACGGAACUUGCACUACGCAGCUCGCGUGCUCGAAGCUGUUUUUAUCGAUGAGACCAAGGUGAGUUCAGGCGGGAAUGAGUGCACUCGGUCAUCACGUAGGGGGGCGGGCCUGACGUCUUCAUCCCUAGGGGGCGGCUUGGACCCAGAUGGACCACAGGGCCAUACGGUGGUAACCCAGAAACGGAAGCUUCGCACCCCCGUAUGGGCAAGGUUGCGAAACAUUCACAUUUCCAACCCUUUACGAUCCAUACGACUAGCGGAUGAAGAUGACGAGCUGUCAGAAGUGCAGCCAGAUGCGGUACCACCGGAAGUGCGUGAAUGGCUAGCAUCGACUUUCACUAGGCAACUCGCCACCACUAGACGGAAAGCUGACGAGAAACCGAAAUUCCGCUCGGUCGCUCAUGCUAUCAGGGCAGGCAUAUUUGUCGAUCGAAUCUAUAGGAGAGUUACGAACACUGCCCUCAUGCAAUUUCCGCCGGAAGUCGUAAAAGUACUUAAGACUUUAGAUGAUUGGUCGUUCGAUGUAUUUUCUUUGAACGAGGCCGCUCUGGGGACGCCAGUGAAAUACCUGGGCUAUGAUCUCCUCAAUCGAUAUGGUAUGAUUCACAAGUUUAAAGUACCUCCUGCAGUUUUGGAGUGUUUCCUCGGAAGAGUUGAAGAGGGUUAUUGCAGGCAUCGAAACCCAUAUCACAACAACCUCCACGCUGCUGAUGUUGCACAAACGAUGCAUUACAUCUUGUGUCAAACGGGUUUGAUGAAUUGGUUGACCGAUCUCGAGAUUUUCGCUACCCUUGUGGCAGCGAUUAUUCAUGAUUACGAGCAUACUGGGACCACAAACAAUUUCCACGUAAUGUCUGGUAGUGAUACAGCGCUCCUAUAUAACGAUCGAGCUGUGCUAGAAAAUCAUCACAUUUCGGCCAGCUUUCGGAUACUCAGAGAAGAUGAUUGUAACAUACUACAGAACUUGUCAAGAGAGGAAUUUCGAGAAUUUCGAUCGCUUGUGAUUGAUAUGGUUCUUGCCACCGACAUGAGUUUUCAUUUUCAACAGCUAAAAAAUAUGAAAAAUUUACUAAGUUUGGCAGAGCCAAGCGUGGAUAAGAGCAAAGCUGUUAGCUUGGUUCUCCAUUGUUGCGAUAUCUCGCAUCCUGCCAAAAGAUGGGAUCUUCAUAAUAGAUGGACAAUGCAACUUCUUGAAGAGUUUUUCAGACAAGGUGAUAAAGAAAGAAAGCUUGGAUUGCCAUUUUCUCCUCUAUGCGAUCGCAAUAAUACGUUGGUAGCUGAAUCUCAAAUAGGAUUCAUAGAAUUCAUUGUCGAGCCUAGUAUGCAAGUAUGCAGUGACAUGCUGGAAACCGUUCUUGCGCCACUCAAUGUCAAGAACCCCAUGGAUGAACCUAACAAUGGUUCGGGAGGAGAAAAUAGAAGGUUCAAAAUUGGCAAACCUUGGAUUUCCUGUCUUGCAGAUAAUAAAAAAAUCUGGAAGGAACAAGCAGUCCGAGAUGCAGAAAUCAAAGCACAAAAAGAACAAGAACAAAAGACCAGCAACAAUCGUGAAGACGGUGAGGGAGCGCAAGCUGCGGCCGAAGAAUGAAAGAUACACCGGACAAUUAUAUUUUUUAAGAGUCUCUGCAACUUUAAAUUACGAAGAAGUUUAUGAUUACAUUAGAUGGCAUCUAUCAUAAAUUUACGAACUUCUUAUUACGCUUACAAAUGAUAGCCAAACGUCAUUCGGUAGUACAAAUGGAUACACGGAUAUUAGAUGAGUGGUUAUAGCGAUGUACACAAAAAUAUAUAUAUACAAGAUAUGUUGGAGAAUACUUUGUUUGAAUUGACACCAAAGAUUCAAAUUAUAUAUUUAUCCCGCUAUUUCUGUAGAAUAUUCACAUAAUAUAUUUUAACUGAUUGUUUUCUACAGUUUCAUAUAUUGCUUGAUCUCAUUAUAUUAGUUACAGUGCUCCUCAAGAUAAUCGUCGCUAUUGCAAUUAAAUUAGACAUGUCUUGUCAAUUU